AUGGCCAUGCUCAAGAUCUUCCAGUACGUUGCCACCACAGCAGGCGGAUCCGACAACGUUGAUCCAACCAUGAUGGGCGUCAACGCCCAAAGAAAGGCAUACACCUGCAAACAGAAGGAAAACCAGUCCAAUGCGGAGUACCUCCAGGCGUUCAUGCAGCUUUCCAGAACAGCCAGAUUCUGUGACUAUCCCAUGGGAGCCUCCCUAUCCAGGCUUGUCAAAAAAAAAACCGGCAAGUCGGACCCGACAUUGGCUGAGCUGAAGGCGGUCGAAGAGAAGAUUGUGGAGAAGGAGAUGGCGAUGGUGUUCAUCCUUGGAGCCGACAAGAAGCAAUACGGGUCUUAUUGCCCAGGCCAAUAA